AUGCCGCUGGUCCGCGCCCAAGUCUUCGACGUGUUGUUGCAGGAGUUCCUCGAGCUACUGGACGGGCGAGCCGCGCUUCGCCUCUUGGCGCUUUGCCGCGACGCCCGCAGGCCAGAGUGGACGGAGCGGGGCGCUGCCGCGCGGAGGCUCGCCGAAGACUUUGCGGCUUUCCUUCAAGGCGCUCGCGCGCGCUUGCCGGGCUUCGAGCUCUGCGACUUUCUCGAAGUGCGGGCCUGUUGGGACUUCGACGAGGAGCGGGCAAACCGCUUCCGCCCGCCCGCCUUUUUAGCCGGCGCCUUCUGCGGGGGCUCGCAGUUCCAGAUGCGGCGCUGGAUUGAUCGCUAUUGGCGCCUCCGGGGCCUCAAUCCAAUGGAAGUGCUGCAGCGGCUCAACUUCUUCGACUUGCUUGGGGGGCCAGAGUUUGACUUCUACCUCGGCUUGCUGCGCAAGGGCCAGGCUCGCUUCAUCUACUCGCGCGGAGUCGACCGCCCUGGCGAUUUCCGCGGCUGCUUGGCGGCGGGCGACGAAGACGAAGAGGAGCCGCCCUUCGACGCCGGGCUGGCCAUUGUGUUCCGCUGCGACCGCUUCCUGACGGCUGUUUGCGCGCGGCAAGCUCGGCCGGCGCGGCCGCGCUCCGGGCUCAAGCCACUUCCAGCUUCGCCGCGCAUGCUGCAAACGCUGGGCCAGCGGCCCCGAUGGGCCGACGUGCGGGACUCCGAAAGCGACGAGGGAGAGGACGACGUGGCGGGCGCGCGGCAGACGCCCGGGGCUCUCUUUGAGGCCCAGGCUGACGACGGCGCGCUGCGCCGAAAGUGCGAAGACUGGGACUUCCCGCUGCCUUCUUGGCGAUGGCUGGUCUACGGCGAGCCGCUGCGCCUGCGCGCCGAGCUCCAAAUUUUUGUGCUCUUCCUAGGCUUCGUUUCGGAGCGGCGCCUGUCCCGGCCUUGCCGGCGGGCGGUCCGGGCUUGGCAAGGGCGGCUGAAGGCUGCCGCCUUGGACUGCGACUUUCCGUUUCCUGUGUGGCGAGACGUGGUCUGCUUUGACCGCUUUCGACGCGGCCGCCCUUGCGUCCGGCUGAGUUUGGACCGGGCCCUGUUCGCAGAGAGCACGGGCGUCGCGGUUGCGCGCCUCGUCUUGCAAGGACUUUUGAUUGGCAGAAUGGCCCCGGCGGAUCUUUCGUCUGCGGCCGCGGCGGACGAGGUUGCGGCGAUCUGCGCCCUGGCGGUGGUCGACGUCCCCGGGGACGGCAACUGCCUCUUCCACGCCCUCGCGAUGCAGGACGAAGAGGGCUGCUGCGGGGAGGAGCUGCGAGCAGAGUUGGCGGACUUUCUCGAGAGGCCGAGCACCUAUGCGGCGGAGUGCUGGGGCGGAGCCGUGGCCAUCUCGGCUUAUUCCUUGCUUCGACAGCGGCGGGUCUUUGCCCACGUCAAGGUCGCGGGCUCCGACGUCGUGGAGGUCCAGGACAGCUCCCACGCUCUCGUCGACGCCGACGCGCCGGUCGCCCACCUUCUCUACAACGGAGUAGACCACUACAGCGCCUUGAUCGAGGCCGAGCUCUCCGACGCGAUGGCCCCGGCCUGGCCGCAGCCGCCGCCGCCGCGCUACUUUGCCCCGGUGAUCGCAAAAGCUGCGGGGGCCACGGCGGCCGCUGUCUACGCAGAGGACUGUGUUCGCUUGCGCGCCGAGGGCAAGGGGUCGACUUCGCGGCCAGGCCGCGGACUUGGCCGCGCGCCGCCGCGGCCCGCCCAGCCCGCUCCGGCAAAGUCCCGGCGCCGCCUCCGGGAAAAGACAACGCCGGCGCCGGAGCUGCAGGACGAUGUGAUGGAGGAAGUCAGCAAAGCCUUCGUGAUCCCCGCGGCCCAGACUUCCCACCCCUUCCGCCCCCUAGAGGACGCGGUGACGGAGUUGGCGCUGAAGCUCCGGUUCCAGCCGACGCUCCCGCCGGGCGCCGAAGAUGUUGAGCUGAAGGACGGAGCAGUCUGGCCCCGCGCGUUCUGCGCCUUUGACGGCUGGGAGGCGGCCAACGGCCUGGAAGCGGACCUCGCCAAGCACCUUGAGGCGGAGCACGCGGAAGACCUGGAGUCCGCCGCCGCUUGCUUUCCUGGGCCUCGCCCCCCGGACGCGCUGCUGAGCGUUUACAACGAGGCCGUCGCCCGGCGCUGCCGGGCCGGGGCGCCGCUGGCGGGGUGCUCCUUGGAUCGCACCGCGCUGCGCUCCUUCGCCGAGGCGACUGCGGAGGACAGCGUGGAAGCUCUGGUUUGCUUCUGCUGCGCCUGCGUCUACACCCGCGCGGCGGAGCUUGAGGGGCAGAGCAAGAUCCAAUGGCGGCGGCCACUGAGUCGCAAGCCGACGGGGGAGCACCUCUUCUUCGGGAAGCCGGCGGCCGCAGUGGCGCGAGCUCUCAGCCUGGAGCGCUUUCUGGAGAAAUACGACCAGCUCGACAUCCCGGGCAAGAAGUUGUCUGACUCUGAGAGUUUCGGCUCCUGGAAGUUGCGGCUGCCUGGCCCUGGCGGCGCAGAGCUGCUGUGCUGCCCGGAGGACCACCGCUGCCGUGCGGUCCCAGGACACGUUGAGGAAGGCGUCCUCUGCGAGCACUGCGAGCUGCCAGUUUGCGGCGGCUGCCUCGACCACCUCGCCCGCGCGCAGUUGCCCCCGCUGAGCCUGGCAAACGACAUGUGGACUGGCUACGCCCCGGAGCGGAUCUACGCGGAGGAGGCGCUGAUCUGCGCCUCGCCCUGCGUCACGACGCUGAUUUGCAUGUCUAUGGAGGCACGGUUCCGCAGCGAGGCUUGCGCCCUAGACGAGACGGCUCAUAUGGGGGAAGGCGACCAGGCGGCGGCGCUGCCGCGCAGCGGCGCAGAACUCGGCCAACUGGUCCGCGUUCUGCUCAAGACCAACAAGAAGGGCAAGACGAGCGACGCGGAGAUCAAGGGCCUCAUCCACCAGGCGAAGGUGAGGCGGGAGGUGGUGGUCAACCUCAUCUUGGACAUGAAGCGCCUGGGCCACCCGUCGAUGAAAAGGGUGUUGAAAGUCGUGGUCCAGGCGCGGGCGAAAGAGGGGCGGGCCGUGGACGCGGACGUCGACGACGCCGAGGACAAGCUGCAGCCGCAAAAGGCGGCGACGCCUUGCGACGGGCGGCAGGAAGACGUCGCCGCCGCCGGCGCGACCUUUGCCGCGCAGCGGGCGCGGGCCGUGGUCGCGGAAGGCUGCGCGGGCGAAGACGCCAACGAAGCUGCGGUGGCCGCGCUGCGGAAACUGCGGCGGGACCUAGAGGCGGAGGUCGAGAAGCGAGAACUGGACAAGUUGGAGGUCAGGGCCGGCAACCAGCUUCUGGACCAGUUCCAGCCCCUCUACUUCGCCGUCGCCUUUUGCUUCUGCUUUCCUCGCGGGACUGCCUGCCCGGACGUCCGAAACACCGUGGCCCAAGAAGACGACGACAGCCGCCGGAGCAGGCGUGAGAGGCGCCGGGCUCGCCGCUGA